UCUUUCGCGAGAGAGGACGUCCUUUGGGAGUAGUUUUGUUCGGGUUGUGAAAAUUUACGGAAAACUUUUCGCUUACUCAAUCAAAGUAUUUAAUGAGAAUUUCAGGUGUGAAAUAGCAAUUUUUUGUGUGUUGUAUGACUAGUUGGGGGGUGUAUGAAAAUAUUUUAACUGAUUUAAGGAGCCAAAUGCGGCGAGAAGCGUGACCCAGGCAUCACCACGAUGCACCAAUGUCUGCUUACAGUCACCCUACUGUGUAUCGCUGUCAAAGAUAUAUCAGGUAGCUGGGAAGAAUGGUGGACCUACGAUGGAAUAUCAGGUCCUGGAUUUUGGGGGCUCAUAAACCCUCAAUGGAGCAUGUGCAACAAAGGAAGGCGACAGAGUCCUGUCAAUAUUGAACCUGACAAGUUGCUCUUCGACCCUUGGCUUCGAGACAUUCAAUUUGACAAACAUAAGGUCAGCGGAGUACUUCAAAACACAGGUCAGUCACUGGUGUUCCGGGUAGAAAAGGACAGCAAACACCAAGUCAAUAUCAGCGGGGGUCCACUGUCCUAUCGGUAUCAGUUCGAAGAGAUCUACUUCCACUAUGGACUUGAUGAUAACAAGGGUUCUGAGCAUCAGAUCGACCAUCAUACAUUCCCGGGAGAAAUCCAGUUAUACGGUUUUAACAAGGAACUAUAUCACAACAUGUCGGAGGCUCAACACAAGUCGCAGGGAGUGGUGGGCAUCUCACUAAUGGUUCAGAUUGGCGAGCCUAUUAAUAAAGAGUUAAGGCUUAUAACGAGUGUUUUUAACAAAGUCACAUUUAGAGGUAGCUCCUAUCCCAUCAAGCACUUACCUCUCAGCUCGCUUCUACCCAACACGCAACAAUACCUUACCUACGAGGGUUCCACCACGCACCCCGGAUGUUGGGAGACAGCAGUAUGGAUUAUCUUCAACAAACCAAUAUAUAUAUCUAAACAGGAAAUGUACGCCAUUCGCCGUCUAAUGCAGGGGUCUCAGUUGACCCCCAAAGCUCCCCUCGGUAACAACGCUAGGCCAGUUCAGCCGCUACACCAUCGAACAGUUCGAACCAAUAUCAACUUUAAUAAGCAAGGAAUGCCGGUAUCCAGCAACUGCCCGGAUAUGUACCGAAACAUGCAUUAUACAGCUACGCAGUGGCCAAGAGAACACAGCAUGAGGUACAGAAGCGCUGAAGAUCUGGCAAUGCUUUCGCUCAACUGAACAAUUUAGCUUCAUAGUAUAAAAUGAUAGUUGCAUAAUAUUAGUUACAAUAGUUAUUAGGUAUAUAUUAUUAGUUAAGUUAAAAUGUCUGUAUAGAGAACGUUGAAAAAUUAUCGAUAAAACCAAAAGAGGCUUAACUUAGAUGGCGAUAUUUUUUCUGUUAAAUAAUAGCUAUACGAUAUUUUAUUGAAAAGUUGCGAGAGGUAAAUUGAAUAGUGACAUUAUUGGAACACUUUUUAGAUCGCGUGUGACGCGUCAAUCACAGCGCAUGAGAUCGAUGCGCCGCGACUGACGCAUCUACGUGUGUCAUCUGAAUUACAAUUUGAUAGAGUCAGCUUUUUCGUGAAAGUAGCGUCGAUGAGUUUUGACGCGUCAGUCGCGGUACAGCAUUCGCGAUGCCUCAAUUGACGUGCGUUUGUCGCAUCGGUAACAGUCUACUAUUCUAUAAAAUUUCGUAUAUCUUACAAAGCAACGCAUGCGGUGUUAUUGUUAAUUAUAUUUAUGAAUACAGAAAAAAAUCUGUUAUCAGGGUUGGAGCGUAACCUAAAACUAAUUCGGGAACACUCAUCGACAGAUUUUGUAUUCCACAGCUGUUCAAAUACAAAGUUUGCCGACCGGUAUUAUUUGAUUAGUUAUAUUGUAAAAUGAGUUAUCCGAACCCAACUAUUCUUAAUAUAUAAUGCAGUUAUGCGACACUUAAUCCAUGUAAGAUGAAGGAAAUUUUGGAUGCCUGUUUACAAAAAAAAAAACUCAUUUGCGUUUUAGGUACCGUCAAU